GAUAGACACAAAACGCUGCAGGAACAGCAGGACAGGCAGCAUCUCUGGAGAGAAGGAAUGGGUGACGUCUCAGGUCGAGACCCUUGGUUAGGGAUAAGGGAAACGCGAGAUAUAGACGAUGAUGUCAAGAGAUAAUAACAAUGAAUGAAAGAUAUACAAAUAAAAAUAACGAUGAUAAAGGAAACAGGUCAUUGUUGGUCAGAUUUGGCGCCAUUUUCGUGCCAGUUGUUAUAGAGUUGUUAACCUGACCAUGACGACGGGUGGCAAAGCGGGAUCGGCUUGGGCCAAGCGUGGGCGUUGUUGUCCUGUCCUCCACCGCCCUGUGUUGUUGUCCUCCACCGCUCUGUGUGUUGCUGCAGGCCGCACCCGGUCCACGUGUUAGGUCUCUUGGGGCGGCACCCAGCCCAGCCGAGCCCCAGGCGUCUGCAAGGCCUCCAGCGGCCUACUCCACCCACCGUCGAGGCCGGGCACUGUCUCCUGCUUGCCGGCCCUGAGGUGAGGUCCGGUCCGGUCCAGUCCACGGGGCGAGCAGGGGGCCUGGCUAUUAUAUUGCGAUUGGUAAUUAAUAUAAUAAUCCAUCCAAUGCCCUCAGCCCAUGAAAUAACUUUCUUAAAACAAUUCCUGACAACGGACAACAGUGGCGCUGUGGAUCAGAUCCAGAGCAAUCUUUGAUGAGUUAAACAGCAGCAUCCUAUGUAUGAGAAGCCAAUGAGAGCAGCUGGAGUUCACUACUUAACAACAAAGAUACUCUAUAAUCUUUGCUGAAUAGCUCUGCUGCCGCGCUGUCCCAAGAUUUCUGGCAACGAUGGAGUGCAGACAGUCUGUUGUCAAUUUCGCCUCUGAUUGCACCAAGCUGCCUCUCUCGGUGCUGCUCCAACUUCAGAAGGACCUUCUGGAUUACCGUGGACUAGGAAUCAGCGUGCUGGAACUGCACCACAGAUCACCAGAGUUCGCUGUAGUUCUGGACGACACCAGAGCCGGUUUGAGAGAGUUGCUGAAGAUCCCAGAAAACUACAAAAUACUCUUCCUACAAUGUAGUGCAAGUGGCCAAUUCAGUGCUAUUCCUUUCAAUUUUAUUGGACUCAAGGAAGCCAGGCGUGCAGACUUUGUUAUCACUGGGCCUUGGUCUGCUGAGGCAGCGAAAGAAGCCAGGAAACUGGGGGAAGUGAGAGUUGUCCACCCUGAACAGACUGAUUAUACAAUAUUCCCUGAUCCUAGCAAGUGGCAUCUCAGUCCCGACGCAUCCUAUCUCUAUUAUUGUGACAAUGAUUCUAUCAGUGGGGUGGAGUUCCACUUCAUUCCAGACUCCAAGGAAACUGUCCUGAUCUCCGAUAUGUCAUCCAACUUCCUUUCUAAGCCUUUGGAUGUCUGUAGGUUUGGUGUGAUAUUUGCUGCUGCCCAGAUGAAUCUUGGUUGUGCAGGAGUGACAGUGGUGUUAGUGAGAGAAGAUCUACUAGAAUCUUCACUCAGUAGGUGUCCAACUGUGCUUGACUAUAAACUGCAUGCAGACGGUAUUAUUAGUUCUCCUCCAUGUUACAGUGUUUAUAUCAUGCACUUGCUGUUGGAAUGGAUAAAGAGCCAAGGGGGUCCUGAAGCAAUUGAACAAUGCAGUAUAGCUAAAUCCAAGCUGCUAUACAAUGUGAUUGAUUGCUCCAGUGAAUUCUAUAUAUGCCCUGUUGAUCCGAAGUGCAGAAGCAGAAUGAACAUAUUAUUCAGGGUUGGUGGCCCUGAUGGAUCUGAUUGCCUUGAACAGACUUUCGUCAAUAAAGCUGCAGAACGUGGCAUGAUUUCAUUGAAAAGCCACAGAUCAGUUGGUGGGAUCUGUGCCUCGCUCUUCAAUGUGACACUAGAAGAAACGCAGAAGUUGGCAGAAUUCAUGAUAUCCUUCAAGAAGGAGCAUAUUUAGGCCAUGACUAACAAUAACACUGUAUUAUCUACCUAACCAUCAUAAUAUUGACAUAUAACCAAAUCAAUGUGCUUGAUCUCUGCAACAACUAAUGGUUUGUAGCAUCUCUCAAUACCUGGUUGAGCUAAGAUUUUGAUGAAAAUAAAGUUGCAUCUUUAUGAUCUUUUCUCAUGAUCUCAGUGCAUCAUCUCUGAACAACUGAGAGAAGUACUUGAAAUACUGAUAUCCCUCAUAACUAUGAUCCAUUGGUGUCAAUUAUGAUCGAAGCUCACUCCCAGGCUAAGCGGACAAUGCAGAAAUAUUCUCAACAGUACAAAUAGUUCUGAUGGAGCCGCACAUUUUCUCAGAAAAAGCAAAUCUGUUUUAAUUGGGGGCGAAUAAUAUUCUCUGUGCACUAAUGCAGAAGCCUUGUGUGGUUAGGUUAAAGUAUUAAAGUUUCAGUGCUGGCCUUAUAUUUUGUGC